AUGGCUCAGCGUCCAUCCAACAUUGCCCUUGCUGGGGCAGCAGCAGGUGGCUUGGCACUACUGGGCUCGGCCACGGCCUUCGUCGCCGCUCCACAGGAGGCCAACGCACCGAGCCUGCGCGGCACUUCCGUGGCCCAGUCUGAGGCCCAGGCAGCGGCUUCGGGGAGUUCCCUCUCCGCUCUCGCCGCUGGUGGCGCGGUUGCAGCAGCAGCGGUGGCUGCCAACCGCCCAGGACGCCAAACGCGCAGCACCAUCCUCCCUACAACCGUGGUGCCAGUGAAGGAGAGCCGGGUGACACGCACGGCAUUGGACCAGUCCAGCCGAUAUGCGGACCUGAACGGCAAGCACGUCCUGGUUGCGUACAUCAUGAAGCCGAAGGCGGGCUACGACUACCUGGCCACCGCCGCCCACUUCGCCGCCGAGUCCUCCACGGGCACGAACGUGAACGUGUGCACCACCGACGACUUCACGAAGUCCGUGGAUGCCCUGGUGUACUACAUCGACCCUGACAGCGAGGAGAUGAAGAUCGCCUACCCCACGCUGCUGUUCGACCGCAACAUCAUCGAUGGGCGUGGCAUGAUGUGCUCCUUCCUGACCCUGGCCAUCGGCAACAACCAGGGUCGCGGGCUCAGAACGCCGUGCUGA